GCAGAGAUAUUAGUCGGAUGGAAAGAGUUCGCGCGCGCCAUUCUCUGUUCGUCAGCCACCGAGAUAGCAAGGACGAUGGCGAAGCUGGAGGCUGUAGUGGCAGUGCUGGUUGUGGCAGCUCUGUUUGCAGGGGCUUCAGCUGCUGUUCCCGGACCCAAUGACCUUCGUUAUCCUGACUACAUUGUUAAUCCUCCUGUAAAGUGCUCCGUUGAGGGAUCGUUUCACCAUCCAAGGAACUGCAGUUGGUAUUAUAGAUGCGUAGACAGAAUGAAAAUCGGAUAUUUCCACACCUUUCACUUUGAGUGCGAACCAGGCACGGUCUUUUCCGACGACCUCGACCAGUGCGUGUUUCCCCAUCUGGUUGAACCUCCUUGUGGAUCCGCCGGUCAAGGCCCAGUGACCCCAACUUCCCCUCCAGAACCCUGCAUUUUUUACGAUCAGGACUGCCAGACUGAGAAGCUGUGUAACCCGUCUGAGGAGAGGGUCUUCUGCAACAGGUGUCGUAGAGGAACCAUAACGGUCACUGCUGCCGCCUUCUGUGGAGCACCUGGGUUGGUGUUUGACAAAGGCCUCGGACGGUGUGUGCCGAGUCCUCCAGAAUCGCGCAAGUGCCCGCCGCCCACGCCCACGCCCAUAGAACCAGAGACCCCUCAGCCCUGCAUUUUCCUCGAUCAGGACUGCCAGACAGAGAAGCUGUGUAACCCGUCUGAGGAGAAGGUCUUCUGCAACAGGUGUCGUAGAGGAACCAUAACGGUCACUGCCGCCGCCUUCUGUGGAGCACCUGGGUUGGUGUUUGACAAAGGCCUCGGACGGUGUGUGCCGAGUCCUCCAGAAUCGCGCAAGUGCCCACCGCCCAAGCCUGUUACGUCGGGUACGACCUCUACAAAUGUCAACUGUGUGUUCAAUGCCAGUGUCUGCGAGAAACGAGAGCUUUGUCAGCCAGAGGAAACUGUGACGUUGUGUAGACACUGUUACUUUGGCAACACACUCAUUGACUACUGUGGACAGAGCAAGGGAAUGAUCUAUGACUUGGAACUCAAGAAAUGUGUAGCAGAGCCUGACGCAACGCGCCAGUGCCAGACGCCCCCCCCUACUGGGUCGCUCACCUGCCUGUUCAACGACAGCGUGUGCGAGAAGAGGGUCCUGUGUAACCCUUCGGAAACCAAGACGCUAUGCCGACAGUGCUACGUUGGCGAGGCCCUCAUAGACUACUGUGGCCAGAGCAAAGGCCUAAUCUACGACCUGGACCUCAACCAGUGCGUGGAAGAACCCGGAGAUUCGAGAGUUUGUGGUGCCGCUGUGACUGGGGAGAAUACAGUGCAAUGUUCAGAUACGAAUACCCGCCCAGGCCACGAUUGGAUUAAGAGGUUCUACUGCACUCGAUACAACCUGUGUGGUCCUCAAAACACCUUCAAGGAGGCAGUGAGUCUUUGUACCAACUACUACCAGUGCUACAAGAACCCAGAUGGUUCGUGGUAUGUGGAGAAGAGGAACUGUGUCGGGGACAAACUGUACAGUUUUGACAGCGAUAGUUGCGAAGACAGACCAUCAGAGGAUCAACUGUGCACCUUUUAAUAAAUUACCUCCAUGAAAGAACCACAAGCUAACUUUUAUUGUUGUCUUUGACAUGAAACUUAAAAAAAAAAAAAAAAAAUUGUUGGUCAUAAUCUUA